AUGUCUUCACAGCUAUCUCGAUUUGACUUGCCAGGGUUUACCCUGCCGUUGGACUAUACACCCGAAUCCAAACAUGGCACAAGUCCUCUUUUCUCCACAGCUCUAGGGGAAGAAGCCUGGAUUAUCUAUGUUUACAGAGAGAUUCUGAUGAUGCGCGUGAUGAAUACCAUCACAGAUAAACCUGGAUGGGAUCAAAAGGUGUAUAACGAGGAAAUCACCAAGAAAUGGCGGCAAGAGAUUUCUCAAAGUGGCCAGGACGUAACCGAAACCAUGAUGGACUGGGUCAUCAAGGAGCUCCAAUGGAAAGCCGAGGUCCUCCAAAACGAAGGCCUCACCUAUGUCUUUGAUAUCGGUGUGGUCAAGUCAGACACUGCCAUUCCCGAGGACCUUAAACAGCUUUUAAAGGAGGCUGCGGCUCCGUUCGAAGCUGUGCCCGAGGAGCAAAAGGACUAUCAUCCCGGAACCAACAAGAAAGUGGUUGAUCUUGUACACCAGUCACUCUUUCCUGUCGUUUAUGGCCACACGCACAUACUCCGUGACAGACUAAUUGGCUUGGAGGAUUGUCUAAGCAGUGUGGGCCAGGGAGAACUGCUACCCGUUUACAACAAAGGACUAACGACAAAACACAGCCGCAAGUUUCAAUGGCUUCCUUGUGACGUUGAACUACUCGAAAAUGAUGAGUGUCGGAUAACUUCAUACAUCAGCAAUGCUCACCCCAUCGAGCAUCGAGCAUUGUAUGGCGCUGUUGAGAAAAUCCUCGCGCGAGUCAUUCCCCUUUGGAACAAAAGCUUGACAUUGCCAUCCUAUGACGUUGGUCAGAGGAUACCUUAUGACGAAGUUGAGUAUCUUGAUCACAAGGAUCCCAGGCCUAUUGAGGAAGACUUCGAAGAUGAAGAAGAAGCAUGGGAAAAAGUCAGUGAAUGGGAGGCUGCGCAGCCAAUCAAACAACCCGAGCCUUAUGGGAGAUUCAAGGCCCCUGACCAUCAAGAGCCUGGUGACUGGGUUGAUCUUAAAAGCGAAUAUCGAGAAAGCGGUCUUCAAGUGAUUGUGAAGCUGGCGAAUAUCGAACUUACCCCCGAGAAUCCCGAAUACGAAGGGGGAAGCUGGCAUAUCGAGGGACAGUUGAACGAACGCAUCUGUGCAACGGCUAUCUACUACUAUGACUGUGAAAACAUCACAGAGAGUACGCUUUGUUUCCGCGGACGCGCGAAUGAGGAAGCUCUGAUGGACGUGGGCUACGAACAAGAUCGACACGAAUUCCUCCAACAGGUGUAUGGAUUUACAGGCGAAGGCACUAAUACAGAAGGCAUAACACAGGAGCUCGGAGGUGUUGUGUGCAAAGAAGGUCGCCUCCUUACGUUCCCUAAUGUCAUCCAACAUCGGGUUUCGCCGUUUUCACUUGCAGACCGAUCCAAGCCUGGUCACCGCAAGAUCAUCGCCUUGUUCUUGGUUGACCCUCACAUGCGGAUCAUUUCAUCUGCCAAUAUUCCACCGCAACGGGAAGAUUGGGGAGUUGAGAGACAAAGGGCCGUUGAUGGGGUGUUGUCAUCGAAGCUUCCGGUCGAGUUGCAGGACAUGGUCCGCGAAGGCUUGCCCAAAACCUCUAUGACCAUGGAAGAGGCAAAGCAGUACCGACUUGAGCUUAUGGAAGAGAGGAGUGCGCAUUCUCAGCGUCAUAAUCGUGAGUUUGAAAGUGGAGAGUUCUCACUUUGUGAGCACUGA